AUGGCCUCCUCGGAUGCGCUGCAACUGUUGCGGUCCUCAAUUGCAGCCUCCAAACCCCCAACCCUUACAAAGACCUCAGAUCCUGCCACCGCCGAAGCAAACCAAACAGAUUCGUUAGUCGAGGCGACACACCUCUACUUCACACACCCCGCCUCACAAUGCCUCCCUCUAGACACGAAGACACGGUUUACGUCGCAGAAUCCGGACACUGCCCAAGUUGAUCUACGCAGCAUCUUCUUCGCCUGGCAGCAAAAGGAUGUUCCAGUGCCCGAGUACAUUGCUCGCGCAGCCGAGCUCGACAAGGAGUUACCCGAAGGCCACAAAGUGCGAAAUCUGAUUUUUGUCGAGCGCUUGGACUUGAUCACCUGGCUCGAAGGAGCCUCGGAAGAGUCGGAAUACAUCAAGCCCAUUGAAGGCGCGGCUGCUCUGGGAGAUGCGGUCAACAGGGCAGCUGAUGUUGCUGGUGGUGCGGCUGUGCCUACAGUCAGUGGCUCGGGGGUCGGUGUUACACAAUCCGCUGGUGGGAGACCUGUCAAGGUGAUCGAUGCGCGGCUGCAGGCAAUUUACAACGGUGAACGAAGGAUGGGCGAUCACAACACAGUGUUACGCGGGAUCAAGCCCUCGGACUUCUCACAUGUCCGUAAGCAUGCAGAAACCUUCCUGGGGCGACGAAAAGGUCUCCCUUCAUCUUCACGACCAGGUAGUCUUCCAGCAAAGCCAGCUCAACUGGCCGCUCGACCUGCCGCAAACUCGUCCAAACCACUUGCAUCGGCCGUGUCCUCGAAACGAUCCGACCCGAUCAUCCUCCUUUCUCCAUCCGCAUCGUCUUUGCUCCGCAUGUCCAACAUCAAAACAUUUCUCGAUACUGGCCUGUAUGUGCCCCCGGACCAUCCCACCCUGUCUACCCAAACCACAGCCAAUCUGCUGCACAUCACCCGCACAAUGCAUUCUCUGAGCGAGAAACCGUACCGCUUCAUCCUCGUCGAUUCUCCCGAACACUUCAAGCCAGAUUACUGGUCCCGGGUCGUUGCUGUUUUUACCACCGGUCAGAUAUGGCAAUUUCGAGGCUACAAAUGGCGAGAACCACAGGAGUUGUUUGGUCACGUCCUUGGUAUUUAUGUCGGAGAGAAGGGUCUACCCAUCCCGGCUGAAGUUAAAGGGUGGGGAUCCAGCGUCAAAACCUUUGCUGUCGAAAGGUGGGAUGAAAGAGCACACGGACAAAAUGUUGAGCAAGAAACGAGGAUGUCACGACGGUGGAGGGAUAGAGAGACUGUAGAGGAGGUGUGGAGGUCUAUCGAGGGAUACAUGAGAGGCAGAGGGGAAUGGAAGCGAUGA